AAACCCUGAAGUCAGGCCCUGUCCAAGUAUAUGGAUUAGGGGGCUGGGCUUUUCUAGGACCUCCAUGUAUUCUGCUGAACAGAGCUCUCCAUAAGCUAGUCCUAAACUCUGAAGGAAAGUGGGGCUUACUAAGUAAUUGUGCUUGUUGAGGCUAAACAAUGUAUAGUGGCUGAAAGCAGAGACUUUAGAGUCAGACUCUUUUGUCACAGACUUGGCUUCAGUACUUACUGGAUGUAUAAUUUUUAUCAAAAAAGUUUGCCCCUCUUUGUUCCUUUUAAUUAUCUGGAAAAUUAGGAUAACAAUACUAUUACUCUUAAGUGUUUAUUUAAAGGACUAAAUGUGCUAAUGAAUAUAAACAUUCGGCGUAAUGUGUAGCACAUGGUAACUGUUCAGUUAAUGUCAGCAAAUAUUGAUAUGGUGAUGAUGAUGAUGAUGGUGAUGAUAUUGAUUAUUCAAAAACUUCAUUGAGAUAGGUUAAGAGGCCCAUGGAAACCUGAAUUUUACUCCAUAUAGAGCACAUAUUUUCUAUGUUAAUGUAUUUUGUCCUACAUUUUAAGGGACUCUGGAUUUUUAACUUGUACAUAAUACUUUACAUGGCCUCACCCAGCAACUACUCCACUGCUCCAGUCUCCGAAUUCCUCCUCAUCUGCUUCCCUAACUACCAGAGUUGGCAGCAUUGGUUGUCUCUGCCCCUCAGCCUCCUUUUCCUCCUGGCCAUGGGGGCCAACGUCACCCUCCUGCUCACCAUCCAGCUGGAGGCCUCUCUGCACGAGCCCAUGUACUACCUGCUCAGCCUCCUCUCCCUGCUGGACAUCGUGCUCUGCCUGACUGUCAUCCCCAAGGUUCUGGCCAUCUUCUGGUUUGACCUCAGGUCCAUCAGCUUUUCUGCCUGCUUCCUCCAGAUGUUCAUCAUGAAUUGCUUCCUUGCCAUGGAGUCCUGCACAUUCAUGGUCAUGGCCUAUGACCGCUAUGUGGCCAUUUGCCACCCACUACGAUACCCAUCCAUAAUCACCGACCAUUUUGUGGUUAGAGCUACCAUAUUUGUUGUGGCCCGGAAUGGCCUCUUUUUCCUUCCUGUUCCAGUCCUUUCUUCCCGACUCAGAUAUUGUGCAGGGAACACCAUCAAGAACUGCAUCUGCACUAACCUGUCUGUGUCCAAACUCUCCUGUGAUGACAUCACCUUCAACCGGCUCUACCAGUUUGUGGCAGGCUGGACCCUCCUGGGCUCUGACCUCAUCCUUAUUGUUCUCUCCUACUCCUUCAUCCUGAAAGCUGUGCUAAGGAUCAAGGCUGAGGGUGCUGCGGCCAAGGCCCUGAGCACGUGCGGUUCCCACUUCAUCCUCAUCCUCUUCUUCAGCACCGUCCUGCUGGUUCUGGUCAUCACUAACCUGGCCAGGAAGAGAAUUCCCCCAGAUGUCCCCAUCCUGCUCAACAUCCUGCACCACCUCAUCCCCCCAGCUCUGAACCCCAUUGUUUAUGGUGUGAGGACCAAAGAGAUCAAGCAGGGAAUCCAGAAACUACUGAGGAGGUUGUAAGAGGUAAAAUGGAUAACUAACCCAGGGAAUAGAAAUUGAUAGUGGGUAAUUGUUUUUAUGAUGCAUAGGGACUUUAUAUUUUUUAAAUUUUAUUUUUAAUUUUUUAAAAUUUACAUCCAAAUUAGUUAGCAUAUAGUGAAACAAUGAUUUCAGGAGUAGAUUCCUUAAUGCCCCUGACCCAUUUAGCCCAUCCCCCCCUCCCACAACCCCUCCAGUAACCAUCAGUUUGUUCUCCAUAUCUAUGGGUGUCUUCUGUUUUGUCCCCCUCCCUGUUUUUAUAUUAUUUUUGUUUCCCUUCCCUUACGUUCAUCUGUUUUGUCUCUUAGUCCUCAUAUGAGUGAAGUCAUAUGAUAUUUGUCUUUCUCUGACUAAUUUCACUUAGCAUAAUACCCUCCAGUUCCAACCAUGUAGUUGCAAAUGGCAAGAUUUCAUACAUUUGAUAGCCGAGUAAUAUUCCAUUCUAUAUAUAUACCACAUCUUCUUUAUCUAUUCAUCCAUUGAUGGACAUUUGGGCUCUUUCCAUACUUUGGCUAUUGUUGAUAGUGCUGCUAUAAACAUGGGGGUGCAUGUGUCCCUUUGAAUCAGCACACCUGUAUCCCGUGGAUAAAUGCCUAGUAGUGCAAUUGCUGGGUUGUAGGGUAGUUCUAUUUUUAGUUUUUUGAGGAACCUCCAUACUGUUUUCCAGAGUGGCUGCACCAGCUUGCAUUCCCACCAACAAUGCAAAAGAGAGCCUCUUUCUCUGCAUCUUUGCCAACAUCUGUUUUUGCCUGAGUUGUUAAUGUUAGCCAUUCUGACAGGUGUGAGGUGGUAUCUCAUUGUGGUUUUGAUUUGUAUUUCCCUGAUGAUGAGAGAUGUGGAGCAUUUUUUCAUGUGUCAGUUGGCCAUCUGGAUGUCUUCCUUGCAGAAGUGUCCAUUCAUGUCUUUUGCCCAUUUCUUCACUAGAUUAUUUGUUUUUUGGGUGUUGAGUUUGAUAAGGUCUUUGUAGAUUUUGGAUACUAACCCUUUAUGUGAUAUGUCAUUUGCAAAUAUCUUCUCCCAUUCUGUGGGUUGCCUUUUAGUUUUGCUGAUUGUUUCCUUUUCUGUGCAGAAGAUUUUUAUUUUGAUGAGGUCCCAGUAGUUCAUUUUAGCUUUUGUUUCCCUUGCCUCCAGACAUGUGUUGAGUAAGAAGUUGCUGCGGCCAAGGUCAAAGAGGUUUUUGGCUGCUUUCUCCUCGAGGAUCUUGAUGGCUUCCUGUCUUACAUUGAGGUCUUUCAUCCAUUUUGAGUUUAUUUUUGUGUAUGGUGUAAGAAAGUGGUUCAGGUUCAUUCUUCUGCAUGUCUCUGUCCAGUUUUCCCAGCACCACUUGC